AUGAAUCCACCACUCGGACUACUCCCACCAAGAGAUAAUCGGGUCUACAAACUCAACAAAUCCAUUUAUAGCCUUAAGCAGGCCUUCCGCAACUGGUUCGACACAUUGGAUAGUGCCUUGAAGAAACGGGGUUUCAGUCAAUCUAAGGCUGACAACACUCUGUUCACCCUCCACAAAUCCGUUCAUUCCCUCAUAGUAUUAGCCUAUGUUGAUGAUCUUGUGCUAGUUGGUGAUGAUCUCAAUGACAUUGAGAGUCUUAAGAAAUACCUCGGCAACUGUUUUCCUAUUAAGGAUCUUGGAGCGCUCCAUUACUUCCUUGGAGUUGAGGUCAUCAGGACACUUGAAUUCAUUUUUCUUAAUCAACGAAAAUAUCUCAAAGGAAUCCUUGAAGACACGAACAUGAUGGAUUGUCGACUUAGUUCAUUUCCUAUGGAACAACACCACCAUUUGCAGCCCAAUACUAGCCCUCCAAUUAAAGAUCCAACACAAUAUCAACGCCUUGUGGGCAGAUUGUUGUAUCUAACCAUCACAAAACCUGAAAUCAGCUAUUCAGUCAACACACUCAGCCAAUUCAUGUCUGAUCCUCGGCAAGCACACCUCGAUGCAGGAAUGCACAUCUUGCGGUAUCUCCGAUCUUCUCUAGACCAUGGGAUAUUAUUGUCGUCUUAUAGCGAUUUCACAAUUAUAGCUUAUUGUGAUUCGGAUUGGGCAUGA